AACUCAAAAAAGAUGGCGGCUGUUGGUAUGUAACUGUUGUAAACAUUGUUUGAUUCCUAUUCUUAAUAAUUAUGCGAAAAGAAUUGUUUAUCUAUAAUAAUAUAGUAUGUUUGAGGUGAAGAUUGUGAUCAUACUAUAGAACUUUUUGUAUUGUACCUAUUAAACAAAGUAUUAGCGGCAUUCUCAUUAUCGGCGUUCAUUUAUAAAACAUCAACAUGUUAUCUGUAGGACCAAAAAUGGACGGAGGUCCAAAUAUAAAAUAUUUUGAGUCACCAGAGACUCUCACAGCACUCGAAGCAGUUAAAAGUUGGUUGCAGAAGAAUGGUAAAAAGUAUGUACAAAAUGAACCAAUUACAAACAAAACAUUAUCAGCAACUGCAGUACAAUUUAUGCAGUUCCAGGAGGAUUUUCUGGGAAAAAAUACACAGAAACCACCAAUGACUAGAAUUCCAGUAAAAUUCUUCUUAGAUUUCAAGCCUGGAGGUGGUCUGUGCCACAUGCUAUUAGCUGCUUAUAAAUUUAAAAGUGAACAUGGAUGGAGAAAAUUCGAAAUACCUGCUGGAAAGAACCACAGUGUAUGUGAUGAAGUGAAACAGGAUUUUACCAGUUUUACUAAAGCCAUUAUUAAAGUGGAAAUAGAGAGGAAUGGGAAUGUCUCGAAACUGGAGCGGGUGUACGAAAUGUUCCAAAGUAUGGAAAAGGCGCUGAUUACUGCAAAGUUGUAUUCUCUUCCUAUCGUUUUUAUAAAACCAGAACUGGAUAAAGCAGUAGCUCAGAAAGUAAAAGAAAUUAUCCGAAAGCGCAACGGUCAGGUUGUGGAAACUGAAGAGACCGCCACCCAUAUUAUAUAUGGGCCGGUUGAUCCACUCAAAGACGAAUAUGGACGACCUGUCACCAAACGAGACAAGAUGGUUAUGAUGCACUGGUAUUACUUCCCGAAUUCCUUCGAUACUUGGGUCAAUUUAGAAACAGCAGGUUUGGAAAAUCUUACCGUGGAAAAUAAUCCUAGCCCGCAUUCUGGUGCCUGGCGUAUUUGUUCUACUUGGGUCUAUGAAACUGACCAGUACAAUGAGUGGAUGGCAGAGGAAGACUAUGAAGUAGAUGAAAAUGGCGUAAAGAAAGUACAUCCGAGGUUAAUGUCUGUUGAAGAUCUGAUGAAUCCUUCAGAUGAACGAAGUAAGAAGAACAAAGGUAAAAGAAAACGGUCUCCCUCGCCACCGUCUAAGAUUGGCAAACGAAAAAGUGGCAGAAGCCCAGCUGUGGGUAAGAAAACUAGACCAGAGGAUCCUGAAUCUGAAGACUUAACAAAAGAUAUGGAUGAACCAACUCCAGAACCAAAUAUUGUGGAAGUUACUCCUUCUCCAACACCAAACAAUCAGCCUACAAAGAAAGACCAUGAACUUCAACCCUUAAAAGGAGGUUCAAUUACAGAUAUAGAGGAAAGUGAAGAGAGAAAUGAGGAUUCCCAAACUGGCAAGAACAGUGACACCAACACACAAGACGAUGGACAAGAAGAUAAUGUCACUGAGCAAACGCAUCACAUUAUUAUUCCAUCGUAUUCUGCGUGGUUCGACUACAACUCUAUCCAUGAAGUUGAAAAGCGUGCAAUGCCGGAAUUUUUUAAUGGUAGAAACAAAUCGAAAACUCCUGAGAUUUAUUUAGCAUACAGAAAUUUCAUGGUCGAUACAUACCGCCUUAACCCAACUGAAUACAUAACUAGUACAGCGUGUAGACGCAACCUUGCAGGAGAUGUUUGUGCCAUAAUGCGGGUUCAUGCGUUUUUGGAACAAUGGGGCUUGAUCAACUACCAAGUAGAUACAGAAUCCAGACCAACGGCCAUGGGGCCUCCGCCUACUUCUCAUUUUCAUAUUCUUUCAGAUACCCCAUCCGGUCUGCAGCCAGUUAACCCUCCUAAAACACCUCAACCUAGCGCAGCCAAAACUUUCCUUGACCUCGAUAAGAGUGAGAUUAAGAAGCCAGAACCCGCUACGGAAAUAUCCAACUUUGGACUAAAGUUAGAUCAGUACGUUAAGAAACCUGCUGUUUUAAGAAAUAAAAGUGCUGCUUCUCUGACAAGAGAUUGGACUGAACAGGAGACAUUGCUUCUUCUAGAAGGAUUGGAAAUGUAUAAAGAUGACUGGAAUAAAGUGUGUGAGCAUGUUGGUUCCCGCACACAAGAUGAAUGCAUACUUCAUUUCCUUAGGCUACCAAUUGAAGAUCCGUAUUUAGAAGAUCCAGAAGCUGGGGGUGCUUUAGGACCUCUAGCAUAUCAACCAAUCCCGUUUAGCAAAGCUGGAAACCCGAUAAUGUCAACCGUCGCCUUCUUAGCGUCUAUUGUCGAUCCUAGAGUAGCAGCAGCUGCUGCUAAAUCAGCUAUGAAUGAGUUUGCUAGUAUUAAAGAUGAAGUCCCAGCGUCUGUGAUGGAUGCACAUCUUAAAAAUGUUGAAGCCUCUAAUGCUGAUGGUAAAUACGACCCAGCCGCUAACUUAGCUCUCACUGGUAUAGCUGGCACAGUACCUGAUAAAGAUGAAGAAGAUAAGGUUAAGAAAGAGGAUAAGGAUGACGACAAAUCUGGCGAAGACAAAAAGAAUGGUGAUGGUCAGGAAGACAAAGCUAGUGAUAAGUUAAAAUCGGAAGCAUCGGACAGUGAAAAGGAAGAAAAAAUGGAUACUUCUGAAAAUAAUAAAAUAGAAAAAGUUGUAAAAGAUAGUGAAAUGCAAAGUGCAGCAGCCGCUGCAUUAGCUGCAGCCGCAGUUAAAGCGAAGCAUUUAGCUGCUGUGGAGGAAAGGAAGAUUAAAUCUCUAGUAGCACUGUUAGUAGAAACUCAAAUGAAAAAGCUUGAAAUUAAAUUGCGGCAUUUCGAAGAAUUAGAAACAACUAUGGAGAGGGAACGCGAAGGUCUCGAAUAUCAGAGACAACAACUUAUAACAGAAAGACAGCAAUUCCACUUGGAACAACUAAAAGCCGCUGAGUUUAGAGCUAGACAGCAAGCACAUCAAAGACUACAAGCUGAACAAGGCCAGUGGGCUGCGCAGCAGGUACCGGCUUCCCACUCAACUCCUCCUGCCGAGUCUGGACCAAGUACAACUCCCACUCCCCCAUCUCCACAAGCCUCGGCUGUAGCCUCUCCCCAAGCGCCUCACCACCACAUUUGAAAAUUAAUCAGUAUAUUUGAUAGUAUUGGAUCAUAAAUUCAGGAUAAUUGGGAAUAUGACAUAGUGAAUUUUAUUUUUACUUACGUCGUAACGUAACCUAUAGCCAAAUUUAAAUUGAGGUCUACAGGAUGAUUUCUAUUUUUAGUUUUGUGACAAAAUAAUAUUACUGAAUGAUUUUCUAUUAUUUAAAACAAUAAUGUAUUUUACUAUACAAUCUGUCAAUGAAAUAAUAGUCGACUAAAUGUAAUUUAUUGUAACAGCUUUUUGUAACUAAUUUUCUUUAUAAAAACUAUAUACCAAGGGCUUACAUGAUUUUUUUAUGCAGUUUAAGUACUUUUUUAUUUUUUGUUUAUAUAUUAUAUUAACUCAUCUAAAAACGUUUUUUUUUUGUUAUUAACCCUGUAUCUGUCAAAGUGUUUCAAAAUAUAUAAAAAAUACGAUAUUUGAGUUAUGGUGUCAGUUUGGAACCACAAACGAUAACCAAUAAAAAUAAAACUCAUUAAACUAAAAGAAAGUGACUUUUGAAUUUGUAGCUUAAAAGCUACGUCAUUUUGAGCUACAGUCUUUUAUAGCUAAGGUGUGGGGUGAGGUAAAAAUCAGAUUAUCAAAUAUUUUAUAUUUAUUUAGAAUAAAAAAUAAACAAUGAAUAGUUUCGUCUAUGGAAUACUGAUUUUUAAAUUAAUGUUUCUGACAAUUCAAUCUGACUGCAUCCAAAAGUGGCAUGAUUUUAAAAUACCGAUCUUUGGUUUCGUCUGUAACUUGGCUGUUGUCAUUGCAGUGUAUAAAUCUUAUACAUCUCAGUGUAUAAACUUGGUAAAGUACUCUAAAGGCGGAGCUACCUUCCACUAAAAAAUCGAUCUGGAACAGAAGUGGAAGUAGUUGUAAUAUCAUCUUCUGUCCAAUUGAAAUGGGUAGGAUCUCUUUUUGCUUUUUUUCUUGGUACAACUUCCUCUUCUUCGUUUGCUCCUUCCUCAUCAGCUUCUAUAUCUUCAUCUAUUUCUUGUAUAACCAUAUUGUUAGGACCUGUUUCAUCAUCAGAGUAUUUGAAAAUAUUUUCGUCUUACAAAUAAUUUUCUUCAGAAUCAGAUAAAUCGGAAAUAUCUGAAAUAUUUGGAUCUACCGGAGUUAUUGCAAGCGUUUUUUUCUUCCCAUAAAAACAGGCAGCCCUGAUUGGCUUAAAAUCCAUAACAAAAAAUUUCUUUGUAAAAUCUGCAACAAAAAAAACUGCCCAUGUUGCUUUUUACCUACAUAGUUUUUUGAAUGCAGAUUUUACGGUUAUAUAGGUCUUUUAUUACUGUAAAUAUUUAAAAACCUAAAGUAAUGAUCCUUUAUAUUCAACGUAAAGCUAAAAUAUUGUACACAAAAAGGUUUUUACUUACUUUUAUGAUGCAAUAUUUAUUCACGUUCAAACAGCAUGUACUGUCGCACAACUGUUCACUUCCUGCCAUGUUGAAAUAAAAUUUCUAAAACCUUGUAAUAGAUGGUGCUGCCAGCCUUAAUGCUAAUAAAAGACGUAGUUUAAAGGCUACAUUUCUAGAUAGGGUAUGUAAAGCACUAUGCUAUUGAAAUUAUCGUUCAAAGUUGAUGAAGGCCAAAAUGCUACAGGACUAGAUACAGGGUUAAUUGUAAAAGAACACGGCUUACAUAAAAUUUAAAUCGCAUGAGAAGUGGCCAUCUCUAAUUCAACUAUUUUUCUAUCUCUAAUAUUAUUUUUAAAAGUAAAUAUGUUCUUUUAUUGCCUGCUUCAUUGUGUACUAGGAGUAGAGAUGCCACAUGAUACAGUAAAUCUUAUUCAUGAUCUUUAUUUAGUUGUUUCUUUUACUGUGUAUAGUACGGUAAUCUAUAAUGAAUUUCAAAAUGUUCUUAUUUAUUUUUAAUCUUUAUUGUGAAAAACAUAUUUUUAUCAAUGUAUUAUGUGGCUGUAGCUAUGGAAUGACUAACAUGUUUGUAAAAGGGGCAAUAAUAAUUUAUAAAGUUUCCAUGAAAUAUACGAAAGUAGUCAACUACAGAAUACAUUGGUUUCUGGGUUUAUGUGCUAAUAUUUGGAAUUAUUUCUUCCUGAACUUCUGUCGCCAAAAACAAUUUUGGUGAAUACAGAUGGAACUUUAACAUGAAAUAAUUCCAGAUCUCUGUCUAUUAUCCAGAAAAUAAUGUAUAAUAGCAGAGCACUGGUUGUGAAAGACUAUAACUCUCCUUACAAUAUGUUACAUUUGAGAUACAGUGUACAAAUGUUCUCUCAAAUUUACAGUUCUGCGUAGGUAGUCUUGCUACUCAUCUCAGGACAAACACUUGGAAAAUGAAUUCCAAGCCCAAUAAAUGUGCUUUAAUGAUUGACUCUACUUGUCAUAAUAAGUAAAUAGGGAUAUUAUAUAAUAUAUAUGCUGGAGAGGUAAAUUGAGGAAAAACCGUCUAGAAACAUCAACACUCUCUUGUAUAUACCAUGGAUUUUAAUAUUUGUAAUCAUUUUGCCCUUUUUAAUAACUUAGUACAUUAUACUUACAAUUUUCCAAUCAUCCUAACUUAGUUUGGUUGUAAAAGUGAAGGAAGAAUGUAGCCAGCAAAGGGAAACAAUGUAGAUCUUAUUUUGACCAUAUAAACAUAAAAGUGAAAAUCCUGUAAGUGAUUAGGUUCAUAUUCCUUUACCAAAACUGUUUGAUUAUAAAUCUUACCUAGAAAUAAAAUAUUUCGU